CGGGAGGAGCCUCAAAGCUUUGAUGCCCUUUAACUGGGAAAAGGUUGUCUUAAUGCAGCAGAAGGAAAUAAUAGAUCAGGAAAAAGGCCGGUAAGAAAGCUGAGGCUUCUACCAGGUACUGUUAAUAGAAACCAGAGACCAUGAACUGGGGGGGCUUUCAAGGACUCCUGAGCGGGGUGAACAAAUACUCCACAGCCUUUGGACGUAUCUGGCUCUCAGUGGUCUUCAUCUUCCGGCUGCUAGUCUACAUAGUGGCAGCUGAGAAAGUUUGGGGAGAUGACCAAAAGGACUUUGACUGUAACACUAGGCAACCAGGCUGCCCCAACGUCUGCUAUGACCUUUACUUCCCAAUCUCUCACAUCCGCCUCUGGGCCCUACAACUCAUCAUGGUUACUUGUCCUUCCUUGCUGGUAAUCAUGCAUGUUGCCUACCUGGAAGCCAAACUACAGAAGCAUAGGGAGAAGGAUGGAGCAGACUAUGCUCUGCGGUAUCCUCCAGGCAAGAAGCGUGGGGGCUUGUGGUGGACCUACCUCUUCAGCCUCAUUGUCAAGGCCUCUGUGGACAUUAUAUUCCUCUUUAUCUUUUAUCGUGUGUACCCGAACUACACCCUUCCCCUUGUUGUGAAAUGUUCCCUCGACCCUUGUCCCAACGCUGUCGACUGCUACAUCGCUAAGCCCACAGAGAAGAACAUCUUCACCCUUUUCAUGAUCAUCACAGCCUGCGUUUGCGUCCUCCUCAGCCUCGUUGAAGCUUUCUAUCUUAUGGGGAAAAGAUGUAAGGAGCACAUUCAGGCCAGAAGUGCAGGCCACAGGAGGCAGGACAGUGAAGUACUCUUCCUGAAAAGAGACCCUUCCUCCCUGCCCCCCAAUAAACAGGACCCAAAUGAAGUGGGCAUACAAGUGUUCCAUGGUGCAGAUUAUAAACCUUCUGCUUUCAACUUCACAGGCUGCCCACCUCAGACAGCUCUAACUUCAAAAGCAGCACCAUCAUAAGUUAUCACCAUCAUAAGCAACCCUUAAAUCCUGGGAAAUUGGGUAAUGGAGACCUUAUACAGAUCUAAUGUGAUUUAAUUUUCAUAUCAGCACUUUUUGCUAGGCAGGAUAUGGAUAAGAUACCCAAGAGGGGGAGAGGGAUGGCCUAUGUCAGAUACCCACCCAAUCUGGGCUGUUCAAUUUUCUGAUGUCCAUAUUUGAUCAAUGAAUUCUAUAUUAAAUGGUCAUGUCCAAAUUUCCUGGCUCUUUCAGAUCAUUCCAUCUAAACAACUUACCAGUUGCACUUUGCAGAUGUGUACUUCUUACACAUUGUAGAUUGUCCCAUAUUUCAUCCAGUCGAGAAUCUACCCACCACCACCAAUGAAAGUGGAUGGCAUAAUUGGCCCUGAGAUUUAUUGGUCUUUUUAUACCAAGAGAUCAUACAAAUGAAAAACAAUUUUUAAAAAAUCACUGAUGGAGGGAGAUACAGUGCUGGGCUACACUUUGCCUUGAAUCAGUGUUGUAGUUCAUACACACACACACUAGUAGUGGGCAGAUAAAUACAAACACACACACACUUUUAGUGGGCAGGAGAUUGGCAAUACAAACUUCAGAAGGUUCAUCAAACCCCUGGUGGUGCAUGAUAUAUGGCUGAUAGGCUGCACUCAUGUUGGUGCAUUGCAUGUUGUCCAGACCUGAUCUAAGCACAGGUGCUAGGUAAGUAGGUAGGUAGGUAGGUAGGUAGAUAGAUAGAUAGAUAGAUAGAUAGAUAGAUAGAUAGAUAGAUAGAUAGAUAGAUAGAUAGAUAGAUAGAUAGAUAGAUAGAUAGAUAGAUAGAUAGAUAGAUACUAUUUGAACUCUGGAAAAUCAAAUGUAAGAACAUAGGAAUCUGCCUUAGUCACACCCUUGAGCCAUCUAGCUCAGUAUUGUCUAUACCAGGCUAGCCAACAUAGUGCCCUCCAGAUGAUAGAAUCAUAGUACAGUAGAGUCGGAAGGGGCCUGUAAAGCCAUCAAAUCCAACCCUCAAUGCAGGAAUCCAAGUUAAAGCAUACUCUUGAAUGCCUCCAGUGUUGGAGAACCCUGAUGCUGGACUGUAACUCCCAUCAGCCCCAGCCAGAAGGCCAGUGGCUGGGGAUGAUGGGAAUUAUAGUCCAAAACAUCUGAUGGAAUGAUGGGAGCUGUAGUCCCAAACGUCUGGAGGGCACCACGUUAGCUUCCUUGGGUCUACUCUGACUGACAGUGGCUCUCCAGGGUUUCAGACAUGGGUCUUUCCCAGCCCUGCCUGGAGAUGCCAGGAGUUGGACCUGGAACCUUCUGCAUGGAAAGCUACACUGCACUGAAUUACAGCCCUUCCCCUCACAAUAAUGAGGGUGAUGCUGCAGUCCUAAACCUAUUUACUAGGAGAAAGUACUCCUAGCACUUUUGAGUAGACGUGCAUAUUAUUUGAUACACAUUGGUUUAAUUGGUUUCAUCAACAAAAUGUUUAAUUUAUUAUUAUUUGAUAGACAUAUUGUAUGGAGGCAAAGACAACAAUUGUUCGUUUUGAGGCUGUUAUGUACUAUAAUAGGAAAUGGCAAUUUUAAAAUAAAAUAUUAAAUAGGACCUCUUGAUCGAACAAUGUUGCUUCUCUUUAUUAAAUGCAAACAAUCAUACACUUCCUUUGAAAUCUCAGGAAGUCUCCCAUAUUAUAGUCCAGAUUCAAUGAAAAUAUAUUUAAUUUUAAUCAGUUAAAAUUAAACAUUAUUACCCAAAUAAAAUGUUUGAAUUGAUUGACAUCUCUAAUGAAAAAUAAAAAAAGUCAAGCAUUAAAACAGUGGCAAAGCCAAUCAAAUGCUUCACAAUAACCAUACAGAAAGCCAGGAGCAUAAAAACCAAAGCAAGAAUAAAACAGUCCAACAGUUUAUUUUAUUGUUAAGUAACUAUUGGUUAUUCCUUUCAUCUCAGUCCCAAAACAACGAGACCCCCAGGCCAGAUAAUAUGUAAAAUUUACAAAUAUAACAAUAAUAUUUGCAAAAUCAGUAAAAUUAAUACAAACAUCAGUAUCAACAACAGAGCGACAGGAACAAACCAAUUCAGAAACAGCGAUGAGUUUCGUACAACCAUCAUGCAAAAGUAUGAUGGCAGUCAAAAUAUCCCCAUUAUGCCUUGACAGAAUAAGCUCAUUUUGCCAGUUUCCUUAAAUGUUAACGUUUCAUAGCCUGGUGAUCUCCCUGGAAAGUGAAAUCCAUUCUCAGCAAUGAAGUUCACUGUGUAAUCUUGAGACUGUCUGGCUCUCUCUCUUUUUCUCUCUCAUCCUCAACUACCUCACAGAGAUGUUGAGGAGAUAAAAUGUGGGACUGUGUAUGCUGCCCUGAGCUCCUUGGAGGAAAGGCGAGACAAAACUGAACACCAGUCAUGUCCCCAGAAGCAGAACACUUAAAUGUACAACCAGGAGAGAGAAAAGGUGAAUAUAUAUAUAUAUAUAUAUAUAUAAGUUCAUACAUAUUAUGUAUGUUGAAUACAUAACUCAAAACUUUCAAAUGAAAUGCUGAAAUUCUAAAUGUUGGCUUUUGAGACAUAGGUGCCCAAGUCCAAAUACAAAUGAGAAUUUCUCCCAGACUCAAAAUAAAACAUUUAAAACUUUUUCCCCUUUGCUUGCUCGCACAUAUUCGGAGCUGGGUAUCUCUUUUCAAGCAUGGCCACUAUGCUGGAGCACGGCCGAAGAAGCAUCCUCCCAACAGUAGCAUUGCUGCCACUUAACUGGACAGUAUAGGUACGGAGCAGAGUAGCACCAAGAUCGGGGGCCAUGCGGGAAUGUUGGCAAGAGCACAGAAAUGGCUCUGCCAGUGCACCCAUGUAGUCUUGAACUUGCCACUGCUUUGCACCACCCUUGCACCAUCCAGGUACGCGGAUGGUGGCACCACGCUGGCCACUCCUGAUUUGUCAUUUUGUUAUUGCACUAUUGCUGUAAAUGCAGGUUGGAGGGUGAAGGUGAGUAAUAGCUUGUUUCUCCCUGCCUCUCCUCAGUGUCAUAUCUUAUCUCCCAGUCGUGUACCCUGUAUUACAGCUGUGACUUUUGAAUGUUGCCUUGUAAGUUAACAUACAAGGAAAUCUAAGAGGUGGGGUGAAAUGUGUAUGUGUUACAUUUAAAACAAAAACAAAAAGGAAAUGUUCAAUAAAAUGUGAAUAAUUUUGAAAGUU